AUGGAACACCACAAUCAGACGUGCGCUGAUUUCAUCCUCCUGGGCUUGUUCCCCCGCUCAGGGGCUGGGCUGCUCCUCUUCCUCCUGGCUGCUCUCGCUUUCCUUGUGGCCCUGCUGGGCAACCUGUGCAUGGCCCUGCUCAUCCUGCUGGAUGCUCGUCUCCACUGCCCCAUGUAUCUCCUCCUCAGUCAGCUCGCCGUCACCGACCUCAGUUACAGCUCCACCAUCGUCCCCAAGAUGGCUGCAGACUUCCUGUCUGGGAACAAGGCUAUCUCCUGCACUGGGUGUGGCCUUCAGAGUUUCUUCUUCUUGACUUUAGGAGGUGCAGAAGCCCUGCUCCUGACAUGCAUGGCCUACGAUCGCUACGUGGCCAUCUGCUGCCCUCUCCACUACGCCGUCCGCAUGAACAGGAGAGUGUGUGCACUGAUGGUGACAGCGUCGUGGAUGAUGGGCUCCCUCAACUCCUGUGCUCACACUGCCUAUGCACUGCACAUCCCCUACUGCCGGUCCCGGGCCAUCGACCACUUCUUCUGUGACGUCCCAGCCAUGCUGACCCUGGCCUGCGUGGACACCUGGGCCUACGAGUACACGGUGUUCGUGAGCACCGCCCUCUUCCUGGUGCUGCCUUUCCUUGGCAUCGUGUGCUCCUACGGCCAGGUCCUCCUUGCCGUCUCCCGCAUGCACGCAGGGGAAGGGCGGAAGAAGGCCUACUCGACCUGCAGCACCCACCUCACCGUGGUUACGUUCUACUAUGCACCCUUUGCUUACACCUAUCUACGCCCAAAGUCCUUUCGUUCCCCAGCAGAGGACAAGGCCCUGGCUGUCUUCUACACCAUCCUCACCCCCAUGCUCAACCCCAUCAUCUACAGCCUCAGGAACAAGGAAGUGACAGGGGCCUUGAGAAGGGCAACUCAGAGAAUCUGCCCUGUGUACGUGUAG